CAUCACCAUCACAUCUCUAGCCGUGUAAACGUUGCUGCCAACCGACAAACUCGAUGGUUCACUUGUUAUCAAGGACACGAUCGUGAAGGAGCGCCGCGAGUUUUCGUGCUUUCCGAUUUUCCCACCAUGAUUUUCCUCGGUGGUGUUGUUGACAGGGACGCGAACGCUGUUUUUGCAGUGGUGGAAAAGUGGUGCGGGCGAUAACCCAAACAGACGACAAGUUUUCCAUAUGUCGUUCGAUGGAUUGUGAUCGGUUUGUGAUUGUUUCAAUUUUUUGUGAUAUUUAUGUGUCAGAUUGAGGAUUACCCUUGGGAUUACCUUCGGCCAGCAACAUGCUUGGCAGAUUCUAUGACAGGAAUCCGUUGCUGAAAGGAAAUUUGAAUAGCGUGGAAAGAGACCGCCUCCGUGAACGGGAACGGCAGGCGCGUAUCCAGAUGUCUUCACAAGUAGCUGAACAAGAAAAUCCCCCCCUGUUUCAAGAACCAAUCAGAGUCAACCCGUCCUCAGCAGAUCACGUCACGCAACAAAUCCAAAGUAAACUAGGGGACUUUCAACGCGUAAGGCAUUUAAUAGACCACAAGGACACUGUUCUCAUUGGAGUCGAUGGAGUUCCACCGAGUCCUGGGGGGCCACCGCCUUCGCUAUCGUCGAGACUCCACUCGAUGCCCCUCGGACAGGUGGCUGGUGUGCCAAGCAGACUCCAACCUCCACCGGACACGCGACCGGAAUUCAAGAAGCCCCACCACCACCCUCACCACCUUCCACACCAAAGGGGCGGUUACGUGAAACCCGCCGAAGGAAAACCUCCCUAUGGCGGUAGAGGCGGCUACCCCGGUCAACCGGUGAAGCAUGGGAGCGGUACCACGACAAGUCAUCGCUCGAACGGAAUUCUGCCGGCGAAAGGUCCUCCUCCUCCCCAAAUACCUCCCAUGGGGAUGAUGACGACACCUUCAAUAUCGUCGUCGUCGUCGUCGACGUCGAGGUUGCACGGGGCGGAGAGGCAUGUGAGGAAUCCCUACGAGCAGAGUCAAGUACCUAUGGCUGGUCCAAGGGAAAUCCCACCCUGCGCUACGCCGGCGGCCGCCGAUGUCGACAACAUAUUUAAGGAAAUGAUUUUUCCAACAACACCUCUGACGGCGAUGGCCGCUACCCCACGGAUAGAUUUGGAUAACAAAUACACGUCCAAUCCAUGUCUUGCCAAGUUAAACGAAACGCCUACAGAAUCAUCUGCAAUAAAAAAGCGAGGACGUCAGCAGCCGGCUACUCGGCCGUCAACUGAUGUGAAUGAUCUAAACGAUGAUCUCAAACUAUCAGAGGAGAGCGAAGAUGAUCAGAAAGAUCCGUUACCUUCAUCUAAUCUGAUAGUAGAAAGAAUGCUGUCGCCACUUGGUGCAACACCUGCCAUUCACACUUCCAAAAUGGAAAGGCCUCCCGAGCCUUUGGGUCCAUUGCCAACUUCUCCGAUAGCUAGUUCUACCAGCGAGUCCGGCUCGGAAUCAGCGUCAGACAGCGAUUCCAGUAGCGACGAUUCGGGCGACGAAAACCCGACGGCGGUAGCUUCCAAGUUACCUUCUCAGCCCGAUCCAAUUUCCUCCUCUCCCAAAGAUGAAGAACAGAAGCUGCGAUGGAAUUUAGGCUCUUUCGUAAUACCCAAUAGCCAGAGUACUGUGGAGCCUACUACAUCUCCCGUGAAGCCUUCAACUCAAGCAGUGGAAACGAGUCUCGACGCUAUGAACACUUCGCUAGACGAGUCCGACGAAGAUAAGCUGAUGGCUGAGGCUAAAGCGCUGGCAGCUCUUAAAUCGAUAACCUUGCUGUCUAGCCUGUCAGAGUCUGACGACAACAGCAGAGACAUUAGUUUGAAAAAACGAAAACGUACCAUACCCCAAGUUACCAAACCUCCCGUUAGUGAUAGUGAAAGCGACGACGAAGACAAAAGGACUAGCAAUAAAAAGCCGGUUAGUCGCGCUAGCCCAAGGACAAAGUCUGUAGAUACGCAUAGUGACUCCGAUUCCGAGCGGCCUCCUCCAAAACCGGCCAGCCCCGCGAAUCCCACCGUCAAACCGAAAUCUCCGCUACCGAUCGCGACUCCCGAAAAAAUAUCCAAACCCGGUCGCGGUAGGCCUAAGAAAAUCAGAACUCCUGCCGGGCAGGAGGAGAAGGAAGUGAAAAAACGCGGCCGACCAAAGUUAAACAAAUCCAGAUGUUCUUUAAGCGAGUCUUCGGACGCUGGCAUCAAGAAAGCCAAGAGGGGCCGGCCCCCGAAGCAGCAGCACAGACCGCGCUCGGUGAGUACCUCCGACGAAGAGGUACCGGAAAAGUGCCCGAAACCAGCACCCCGGCGAAGGCGCACCAAAUCCAAGGCGGCUUCAACAAACAGUUCAGACUCGGAUAGGCCGAGCUCGAAGCCAAGGAAGUUCAGCACGAGCAGCGGCAGGCACGAGUCGGAAAAAGAAACGCCCAAGCACGAAACCCAGAAAAAACCGCACAAGCUGAAGGAUGACCGUAAACGGUCAAAGAAAGAGUCUGAUGAUGAAUGGGGCCAAGAGAAUAAAGCAAUGGUUAAGAGCCACUUCAAAGAUGACAAAAAAGUGUCGGAAACCACUAAGAUCAAGGAGGCGACUUCUCCUCCGAGAAGAAAAAGUAGGCUGUCCGCUUCCAAGAAGCACACGGAGCCCAAAUCAGCAGUAUUCGUUCCGUCAUCUGAUUCGAGCAGUGAUAGCGACACUAACGCAAAAAAAUCCCUCUCUAAACCGAAGUUCAGUGCGCGCGCGUCUUCCGAGGAAUGUUUGAAAAGGCUAAGUGAUUCAGACAGUGAUAUUAACAUGGUUUCGAAGAAAACUCCCGCCAAGAUAGACUCUGCCAUUAAAGUGGAUGAAAAUAAGAGUAUCGCUGAUAAAAAAAAGAGUGAUACACUCCGGAAACUGUUUACCCCUAAGAGAGACUCUGAAGGAGGGAAAGGGGGUGGAAAGGGCGGCGGGAAAGGAGGCAAAGGAGGAAAAGGUAAAGCUGGUGUCAAUGUCAUCAUAGUGGAUGGAACCUAUGAAAGGGGAAGCUCCUCUGUGGAAGACGAGGCUAUGCCAACUGCAACUUCAGCACCAGUUCCAAUAAAAGAAGUUAAAAAGACCAGUCCUGCUUUAGUUACUUGUUCUGCAUCACCUGAAUCUUGUCCACCAGCACCAGGAGGGCACUCUGAAAGAAAAAGGACGAGAUCUGGGAUGGAGAGUGGUCCGGGAUCACCCGUUAGUCGUCCUCCAUCAUCAGAAAAUUACAAGGAGCGGUUGACUGAGUGCAAGAGUCCAGAACCUGCUAGAAGUAGACCAACAUCACCGGAAAAGCACAAUGAACCGAGCACUAAAAGGAAAUCUUCCGGACGAGGCAGUCGUCAUGCCACGCCUGUGAAGCGGCCUUCGUCACCCAUUGAACGGUCCGAACCAAUCAAACCAAUAAAGACUGAAAUUAACGAUAAUAAUCACAAUUCAGAUAAAUUUAAACUUCAGAUUAAUCUUGACAUGGGUAAAUUGAAAGUGAAAAGUAUACCGGUUCUUAGAAAACAUAUUGAAGCUACCCGACCAUAUUUACUUGACACCAAACAGAAGGUAAAGGUGAAAAGUGAGAAAAGCAGUGGAGGUGACGCCAAACCCAAAGCGGCAGUAGAAAAAAGCUCUAGUGAUAUAAAAUCAAAAUCCCAACCUGAGAACCAAGAUGACCGUAAGCACAAGUCAAAGAGGAAAAGGAGAAAUAGCUCAAGCUCCAUUUCCUCUCUAUCAACUGUGAGCAGUAGCUUGUCUCACAGAUCGACCGUGAGCAGUAGCUUAUCUCAUAGAUCAACUGUGAGCAGUAGCUUAUCUCACAGCAGCAAAUCACACAGCAGCAAAUCUCACAGCAGCAAAAAAAGAGAGCAUCAUAGCAGCAGCAGCAAGAAAAGGGAGCAUCACAGCAAAGAAAAGCAGAAAGAUACUCCAAAACUCAAAAAGCUAAAAAGUGAUACUGAACAUGUACAAAGAUCUCAUAGCGGUGAAAAUCUCAAUUUAACCAAUGCUCCACCAACGAAUCACGAGCGGGAGGCAAACAAAACUGUAACAGUCCCUCCCAGUGAUCCUCCUCCCACUUCCAGCCGGCCAAGUUCCGGUAGAGAGUAUCAUUCAUACUUUGAGCCCCCCUACCAACCAUCAGAAUAUGAAGAAAGGGAUCAGAACCAGUACCUGAGUGACGCAAAAAGGUUGAAACGCUUGGCAGAUAAAGAGACUGACACCAUAAAACAGAUCAUGUUGUACCUGGAAGCCGUACUGUUCUUUUUGUUGACCGGCAAUGCUAUGGAACAUGAACGAGUUACCGAAAAAGCUGCCUUCACCAUGUAUAAAGAUACACUCUCCUUAAUAAAAUAUAUUUCAUCAAACUUCAGGAAUCAAGUAAACAUGUCUCCAGUGCACAAUAAACUUGCCGUUUUAUGUUAUCGGUGCCAAGCUCUCCUAUUCUAUAAACUAUUCAAGAUGAAAAAACAAGAAUCAAAAGACAUCCAGAAGACCAUCAGUGAAUAUUGUAGUAAGAAUCAAGGUGCUAUCGUUCCUCAAGACCCGCAAAACCACCAGCAGGGUCAGGGUACUCCAUCCCCUCUAUCUCCGACCCCUUCCCCAGCGGGUUCGGUCGGUUCAGUGGGUAGUCAAUCGUCAGGUUACAACAGCGGUGAAUUGGCAACUCGCGGCAACGUGCCAAUCACUACACAAGCUCAAAACGCCGGGUUGUGGGUACCGCUCUCUGUAUAUAACGCCAUGUUCAAACAGAAUCAACAAUUUACAUAUCUCCUUUCUUAUCAAGAUCUUUGGGAUAUGGCGGACACUCUUGUAGUGAAGGGAAAACAUACAGAUUUUUUCAUCGAGCUGGACAGGCAGUGCAGGCCACUGACAAUGCACAGUUCGCUCAUCGACUUGGUACGGUACGUGAGGGAAGGCAUAAAUAGGUGUAAAAGGGACAGUUAGGAAUAACUUCCAUCUGCCUUGUACAUAAUGUGAAAAAAUGUAUGCCAAAGAAAGCACCAAGUCAAUUCAAUUGUCAAUGGAAUCGUCUCGGCACUCUUUAACAUUUUAUCCUAUCUUAACGAAAGGGUUUCUGGGCGUGAAGCAGAUUAUUUCAUCAGAGUGAAGGCGAUGUAAUACGUGACUGAGAAAUGAUAUUGGUGAUAUGACACAUCGAAUUGGUGUUUCAUUUUUGGUACUGCGGUAUAUUUGAAAAUUAGACUUUUUGGAUGAAAUCCAUUGAAUUCAGUAAAAGAAUUGAUUCACUUCCCUGCUCUGACGGAAUACUGAUCAUUCCACAGGAAUUCUUACUUAGAUUAGCUAAUUGACUUAUUUAAUCUUUUACUUAGGGCAAUUGGGCCAUUUUAAAAUGGUUAAAUGAAAAGUUGGCCAAUGAGUCGGCCCACCACAGAGGGUGCAGUACUAUAAUAAUUAAUAUUUUUACAUUAUUAGUGAAAUUCCAACGUACAUAGUGUAUAUUUUUUUGUAAAUACUGUAUGCUAAAGUUAUAUAUUUACAACAUGCUAUAUUUGUACAACGCUGGAAAAUAUUCUAGGCCUAGUGAAACAAAUUUCUACAUCUCACUUGGUUGUGGAUUGUGGAUGUAGAUUUAUUGAAAAAUUGUAGUCAUUGUUAUUUUUGCAUAUAAUAUAUUCUAGGGAUAAGUGUGCAUAUAUUGUACCAUGUAUGUAUAUCAUGUAUAUUUUAUUAAUUUUAAUUUAUUUCAUUUUUAUUGUAGGCGUUUUAUUAAGGCCAUUUGCAAAACGAAAUAAUAUUGUGAAAAAAUACUUUUUUACCUUAUAUUGUUGUGACAUUAUUUAUAAAUUUAUGGUGGCAAAAAAAUCUUAAAAUGUUGAGUUUCUUCGAAAGAAUUUUAUGUAAUUGUAAUUGAAAGCUCUAGAACAGACGUUCGUUAUGAUUAAAUCCUGACAAUCAAAUACAAUCGAAUUGAGUUCAAUUGAAAACAAAUACUCAGAUGAAAUUCUGAUAUCCAUCCAUAGCUAUUAUGUAUUACUGCUGAAGCAUUUUAAAGUUCUCCUUCUGUUGGGCGUUUUUUUACCCGCUGAAACUAUUCCAACAAAUGGAAAGUUGUGUAUAUCUAUACACAUUCACAGCAUUUUGCAAAUCUAAAUUAUAAUGUAUAUUGCUGAUAAUUAUCUAUUUUAAUAAUCAAAAAAAUAUUUUGUUGACAAUCAGCACAUCUAAUGAA